CCAACAACCCCUAAUUUAAUUCUCACUCAAAUCAUCCCAUCCCCCAGGACGCGAGCGAAUGGCAAUGGCGGGCCUCGGCGGAUCGCCAUGGCUUCGAAUUAGGGUUUUACACGAGCUUCCGACAUUCUCUUUCAGGCAAUGCUUCCUAUUCGGUCCCGGCCUCUCCCUUUGCCGCAGGAAUUUCUCCGUCUCAGCCUCCGCCACAGCCAGCCCUAGAAACAGCGAAGUUCGUGUCCGAUUUGCGCCGUCUCCCACCGGAAAUCUCCACGUAGGGGGAGCGAGGACGGCUCUUUUUAACUAUCUAUUUGCAAGGUCUAAUGGUGGGAAAUUUGUCCUUCGAAUUGAAGACACUGAUUUGGAGAGAUCUAGAAAAGAGUCAGAGGAAGCAAUGCUGAAUGAUCUUAUGUGGCUUGGCCUUGAUUGGGAUGAAGGUCCUGGAGUUGGUGGAGACUAUGGCCCCUACCGUCAAUCUGAACGUAAUUUACUUUAUAAGCAAUAUGCGGAGAAUUUGUUGAACUCUGGUCACGUUUACAGGUGCUUUUGCUCCAAUGAGGAAUUAGAGAAAAUGAAGGAACGUGCACAGCAAUUGCAGCUGCCUCCGAUAUAUACAGGGAAAUGGGCCACUGCUUCAGAUAUAGAAAUUCAGGAAGAGCUGGCAAAGAGGACACCUUAUACAUACCGGUUUCGUGUCCCAAAGGAAGGAACCUUGAAAAUUAACGACCUUAUUCGUGGUGAAGUCAGUUGGAGCUUAGACACGCUUGGUGAUUUCGUGAUUUUGAGAAGUAACGGCCAACCUGUUUAUAACUUUUGUGUUACGGUUGAUGAUGCUGCCAUGCGUAUAUCACAUGUUAUAAGAGCUGAGGAGCAUUUACCAAACACUUUACGGCAAGCUCUUAUUUACCAGGCACUAGGAUUCACCAUGCCUUCAUUCGCACAUGUUUCUCUAAUUCUUGCUCCAGAUAGAAGUAAACUGUCAAAACGGCACGGUGCAACUUCGGUGGGACAGUUUAGGGAGAUGGGCUAUCUACCUAAGGCAAUGGUGAACUAUCUUGCACUUUUAGGUUGGGGUGAUGGAACAGACAAUGAAUUUUUCACCAUGGAUCAGCUAGUCGAAAAAUUCUCAAUCAGUCGUGUUAAUAAGAGUGGAGCAGUGUUUGAUUCUACGAAGUUAAGAUGGAUGAAUGGUCAACAUCUAAGAGCCCUUCCAUCUGAGGAGCUGACGCAAAUUUUGGGGGAAAGAUGGAAGAGCAUGGGCCUACUAAUAGAUUUAGAAGGCAUUUUUGUCAAGGAAGCUACUGAGUUGUUAAAGGAUGGAAUUGAUUUGGUUACAGACGCUGAUACAGCCCUUUCGAACUUACUGUCUUACCCACUUGAAUCCACUUUAGCAAGUGCAGAAUGCAAACCCAUUGUUGAAGAUAAUUUGUUUGAUUUGGCGACCAGCUUGCUUUCUGCUUACGACAGCGGAGACCUGCUUGAAGCACUCAAGGAUGGACCUGCAGGUUGGCAAAAAUGGGUCAAGAACUUUGGCAAACAAUUGAAACGCAAGGGGAAGUCUCUUUUCAUGCCCCUUCGGCUGUUGCUUACAGGAAAGCUCCAUGGUCCUGAAAUGGGUGGCAGUAUCAGCUUAAUAUAUAAAGCUGGGAUUUGUGGGGCGAUCAGUCGACAAGCAGGUUUUAUAACGUUGGAAGAAAGGUUCCAGGUGCUGCGAGAAAUAGAUUGGGAUGCAUUUGACUUUGAGAAGAAACAGUCAGGUGCAGAUUCUGUUGCCACUGUGUCUUAUUAAUCAAUGGUUAAGAAGUUUUUGAUUGAGAGCUUGAAAUAUCCUCCUGAUCGAAUUAUUUGUAUUCUUUCAACACAAUAACAUUAUUUUUUUGAAAUUUAGAUGCAAGUUUGACUCAUGUAUCGAACCUUUUCUUGCUAGAAAAGAUGUUCGAUGAUUUAAUUCUAUGUUGUUGUUGUUGUUGUUGUUGUUGUGAAUGCUCUGUUAUUGGUAAUGGUUGAGCCAAGGAGGGGCUGGAGUCGAUGUAUGAUUAUGUAUAGUAUGAAGAAAUUAAUUUUAAUGCCUCUCUUGACUAUAUAAA